CAGCUGGAGAGGACAGGGCUGCAGAGAGGGGCUUCAAACCAGGGGUGAUUGUGUGUGUGUGUGUGUGUGUGUGUGUGUAAAGUUCACUUAAACCAGAUAUAAAUACUCUUUAGUCAAGUUUUGUUAGUGUAUUGUCGGGACUGGUGUGAUCAGGGUGAGAAACUGAAGUCUGACUGUGUGAAACCACUUGAAAACAUUCAUUGUGCUGUGGUGCCACAGGGUUAAAUAGUUAGAAAAGUGUGUUUGUGUGUGUGAUUGUGUGUACUUGACUGCAUACUGACUCAUAUGUGGCUCAUAGGAAGUAUAUCUUACGUGGGGCUUUCAGACAGAGAGCAGUGACAGGCUGCAGUGUGUGUCUGCGUGUGUGUGUGUGUGUGAAUGCUCUUGCGAGAUCGGUUUCAAAAGCUGACUGGUGCUUAGUUAGAAUGGGGACAAAGCUGUAAGGGGGAAAGAGCAUGCUGAAACGUGGCAGCAAAAGUAGCUACAACCCUUACUCUACGAGUCAGAGAGUUAGGAAGGCUGAGCUGAAAGGCAAGGACAAGCUGGACAUACUGCCCAACAAGCACAACGUAUGGCUUAAACAGCUGUCCAUCCUCCAGGAGCAGCCUCGGAAAGAUGCAGGUGACGUCACUCUCUCCUCUUCCCCGUCAUCAACUUCCUCCUCUUCAACGCUCACUCCAGGCUGUGCCGGGACUCAGGACGUCUCCGCGUCCUGCCCGGGCACCCCGAGCACCCAGCACAAUAAGCAGGCUCUGAUGAGCUGCCCGUCUCCUGUGUCCACCCUGAAGAGACCAACUGCUCUGAGCAGACAUGCCAGCGCUGCAGGGUUCCCACUCCAGUCCUGGGUGUUCACUAAAGGCCAGGGGAAAGGGGCCUUGACCCCAACUCCUCCGUCUGAGAGUCCAGAGAGCACAGCCAUUGAAGUUGAGGACAUCCCGGCCCUGCUGAGGGACGUGGCACGCUUCGCUGAGGCUGUGGAGAAACUGAAAGAUGUGGUGCUGGCUGAAGGUAAGAAGGAGAGUCAACGGCCCGUGGCCCAUGAGUGUUUGGGGGAGGUCCUGCGGGUGCUGCGUCAAGUCAUUAACACCUACCCUCUGCUGAACACAGUGGAGAUCCUCACUGCUGCCGGGAAGCUCAUAUCAAAGGUCAAAGGUUUCCACUAUGAGGCCUGUAACGAGGCAGACAAAAAGGACUUUGAGAAGGCGAUUGAAACCAUUGCAGUUGCUUUUAGCAGCAAUGUGUCUGAGCUGCUCAUGGGAGAGGUGGACAGCAGUACGCUGCUCUCCCUGCUGCCCACCGAGAAAAGCAGGUCGAUGGAGAACUUGUACGCUGCGUCAGGCCAGGGAGCAGACAGCGGACAGUUCAGGAGCGACAUGCAGGACAUGGGCAGAAGCGAGGAAGUGGAUGUGAUGCUCCAGCGCAGUGAGGGAGGAGUGGACUCGGCUCUGCUCUAUGCCAAAACCGUGUCCAAGUACAUCAAGGACCUGAUAAGCUACGUGGAGAAGAGAAUUUCUCUGGAGACUGAAUUCUCCAAAGGCCUCCAGAGAUUAUACCAGUCCUGCAAACACAGUAUAACACAUCCCCACAUGCCCCUCUUUUCCAUCUACUCUCUGGCUCUAGAGCAGGACCAGGAGCAGAGUGUGGGGCUGCAGCAGGCCAGCACCACCCUGCACAGCCAGACCUUCAUCCAGCCUCUGACGCAGCGUAAACAGGAGCAUGAAAAGAGACGGAAGGAGAUCAAGGAGCACUGGAUCCGAGCUAAGAGAAAACUGAUGGAGUGUGAGGUGAACCUGCGAAAGGCCAAGCAAGCCUACAUGGUCCGCUGUGAGGAGUACGAAAAGGCCAAAACCGCUGCCUGUCGAGCCGAGGAGGAGGGAGGAGGAUCUACAGCAAAGUCCCUGGAGAAGAAGAAGCGAUUAGAGGAAGAGGCUCGCAAUAAGGCAGACGAAGCGGAGGCCACCUACCGGACCUGUAUAGCAGAUGCCACCACUCAGCAGCUGGAGCUGGAGCACACAAAGGUCACAGUGCUGAGACAGCUGCAGGACGUCAUCAAACAGAGCGACCAGACCCUCCGCUCGGCGACCAUCUCCUACUACCAGCUGAUGCACAUGCAGACGGUAGCCCUGCCCGUCCACUACCAGACUCUGUGUGAGAGCAGUAAGCUGUAUGACCCAGGCCAGCAGUACGCCGCCCACGUGCGGGACCUGCAGUUACCAGAGCAGCCAAAUGUUCACUACGCAUUUGAGGGCUACUCCCCCUCCAGCUCAUCACACCACGGCCACAGACCAAGGAAUGACAGUUUUAACGCAGAGCAGACGAGCCACACCGACAGUCCCGCCACCACUGGGGACACGACAGCUGGUGAUAACAGAGAUGCAGAGGCUCACCGCAAGAGGCAGGGCCACAAGUCGUGGGGUUCAACGGUGAGCGAUGACAGCGUUGGAGGAGAUGGAGGCCUUGAGUCGCCUACUGCCAGCACAAGUGACAUCAAUAAAAUUGCUCGGACAUCGUCCACUGGAACAAUGUCGUCCAAUGAGGAUGCAGAUGAGAAAGACGGGAAUGUAGCUUCAUUUGAAACUCCGAAUAUUAACGGCAUGGAUCCUGAUGUGGUGGUGUCCACCAGACCUUUCCGUAAUAUUGGCCUGUCCAAAGCAGCCCAGACACACCGACUGAGGAAGCUGCGGACUCCGUCCAAGUGCCGCGAGUGUGACAGCUACGUUUACUUCCAGGGGGCCGAGUGCGAGGAGUGUUUCCUGGCGUGUCACAAGCGCUGUCUGGAGACUCUGGCCAUCCAGUGUGGCCAUAAGAAGCUGCAGGGCCGGCUGCAGCUGUUCGGCAGGGAGUUCACUCAGGUGGCCAGCUCUGCCAGUGAUGGCAUCCCCUUCAUCAUCACCAAGUGCAUUUCUGAGAUUGAGAGACGGGCACUCAAGAUGAAGGGCAUCUACAGGGUGAACGGUGUGAAGACCCGUGUUGAGAAACUGUGUCAGGCCUUUGAGAACGGCAAGGAGCUGGUCGAGCUGUCCCAGUGUUCACCACACGACAUCAGCAACGUUCUCAAGCUUUACCUCAGACAGCUGCCAGAGCCCAUCAUGCUCUUCCGCCUGUACAACAGCCUGAUGGGUUUGGCCAAAGAGAGUCUGCAGAGUGAAGCAGAGACACCAGAGGGAGAGGAGGCUGAGUCGAGCAGUAAUAACCCAGCAGUGGGCAGGGGGCCCGAGCUGGUAGAUCUAGGUCCUGACACCGAUCCAGAGGUCCUGGUGCUCGUGGACAAGCUGAGGGAGCUUCUGAAGGAGCUGCCCAAGGCUAACAUCGCUACACUGCGCUACAUCAUUCGCCACCUCCGAAGGAUCGCAGAGCUGGAGGAGGAUAACAAGAUGAGUCCCAGUAACUUGGGGAUUGUGUUUGGGCCCUCCCUGAUGCGUCCCCGUCCGAGCGGAGCCACGAUAUCCCUGUCCUCUCUGGUUGAUUACCCCCACCAGGCCCGCAUUGUUGAAGUCCUCAUAGUCUUCUAUUCAUCCAUCUUCCAAUCCAAAACCUCUCAGUCCCACAAAACCAGCCGCUCUGCUUCCACCUCCACUCAGCAGGCCUCUACUGCAGAUGACAAGAUAGAGAGCUCUGCCAAUGGAGAGGAGAAUGGAGGCAGAGAGGAGCAGAGCAAACCAGACUCUGACAAGAUGGAGGAAGGAUGUGGGAGUUCUUUGGGCUCGUUGGGCUCCAGUGAGCAGCUCCCAGACUCUGACUCGGAGCUAGACGAAAGCAGCAAGAGGACUGCACACUCCCAUGGCCUGAUGAAACAGGAGAGUGAGGUGAGCAUGGAUGACGACCAGCUGAGCUACAGGGACAGCCUAGACCUGUCCAGCCAGUCUGUAACCCAUACUGAUCCAGAGCAAGAUGCGGAUCAGGACCAAGACGACCCAGAGGGAGCAGAACCCCCUGCUCUGCCAGACAGCGGGCCCCCAGAUGACGACACAGAGUCUGAGCAGAACCUGAACGCCUCUCUGGCCGAGCUCAACAUGAACCAGUCCAACAACAACUACCCAUUUUCCCCUAUUUUAAGCCUGUCGGGGCUUCCACUGGCACCUCUGUGUGGAAAGAAAUUACCCCUGACGAGGAACAGGGACAGUGAGCCUGAGUUUGUCUGAAAUCAUAAUCAAAACAUCACUGUGAGAUUAAGUUGAAAGACAGAAAUCUGGUUUUUAAGCGGAAUAAUCCAGGGAAACCUGAAACUGAGAGUGAUAUUUUAUCAUGUACAUCAAAAUCACAUUUUAAGAUUUUUUUUUUUUUAACCUGUGUAGAUGUUUGCAGCUGUAUUGACCUAUCCAGUGAAACCUCUGCACGCUUACCGCUGUUAGAUGCAAAUUACUCCUGUCAUUUCAAGAGGUUUGACUCAGAUGAUUUCAAAGUCUACUUUUACGUUGUCAGUUUCUGUUUUAAAGUGUUUCAUUCAUUGCUCUUACUGUACUGAGGGACGUGGGUAGCAGUCACAUCAGAAUGUGUGCAAUGCUAAAUUUCUAAGUUACGUCUCUUUCAAGUGCUGCUGGUUUCAUUUCAGCACUAGAAUUAAAAAAAUAAAUUUAGCCGUUUCUUUGUUGUGUUGCCUGUAUUGUCUUUAUGGGUGGUUGGUUUAUUUGAAUAAAAAUUCUUAUAUAUUAAAACUGUUUUGUU